CCUGACCUCGGUGUUUGUCGCGCCAGUCGCAACAUCAAAUGAAGAAAGUGUUUCAAGAAUUUGGAAGUGAUCGGUUCUAUCAAAUGCAGCUAAGAGAUUCAAUUUGUGAAGGACUCAGGAUUGACCAUUGGAUUUUAAAAUGUGGAUCAGAACAUUGUCAGUGCUGUGGUAGAGAUGAGUCCUAAUAUGAAUGAGUACAUGAGAGAUGGGAGUUGGAGAAGAAGACAUAGUGAUUCAAGUCCAUCCUUGGGUUUUGCUGCAAAGAGGAACAAAGAAAUUAGAGUUCUGGAGGCUGGGAAGUCCAAGAUCAAGGUGCUGGCUGAUUCAGUUCCUGAUGAGGAUGGUUUUACUUACUUGCUGUCUUCUUGCUGUGUUCUUAUAUUUGAGAGAAAGGAGAUGACAAAUGGAGCAAAGUCGUUCAGGGAAUGGAAGAGGAUUGCACCAAGAGAAAGAAGAGUUGGACAGGAAGCAAGACUUCUGCUGGGAUUACAGAAGAGGAAUGGUACAAAGAAGCAUGAGAAGAUCUGCCUGGCGACCGUGUGCAAACACUCAAGUUUAAGCCCACAGAUGUGGGAGGCAGCAGACAAGUCACAGGCAUACCUGACACAGACCUGGAGAACUACUGAAGGGUGCCUGGGGCUGAGAACUGGGUCCAAAUUCGGUGGUGAUUGUGGCAGUAGCAGCAGAAGCAACUGUAGCCCAGGAAAAGAGGAGGGCAUGGAGGCAGCAUCCGUGCCUGCAGUAGGAGGCAGGCUUGCAUCUGUCCCAGGACCCCAGCUCCACAGCAUCUACACAAAUAUGAACUUUUUACAUGAGCAGUGGGACAGGAGCUGUUGGUGUGCAGGCAGCAAACUUGGUAAAAUUAUGUCAAUUCAAAAUGGAAACUGUAAGCUUCUGAUUGUCAGAGAACUUUACAGAAGUUGCCCAGUAAAUAUUGAUGAAUUAAUGCAACAUUGUUUUUCUCCCAAGGUGUUUUUGGUGGGGAAGCCCACAGCGGGCAGCACCAAAUACCUUCCCGCAAUCACCUUUGGCGAAGGGCCCAGCGCAGCGAUCCCCUCCCGGCCGGUUUCCCGGGGAAGUUCGGCGCAUGCGCAGCUCGCCCGGCGCCUGUGUUCCUUCCUGCGGCGCCACCCGGAAGCUUCAGCUCCGUCUCCCCCCUCCCCCUCCCCCUCCUUGUGCCUCGCCGGCUCUGGCUGUGCGUGCGGGGCUGGCCCGGCGAGGAGGCGGGACACGUCGGCGCUGCCACCCGCCGCCGCCGCUCCUCCUUCUGUUCCAGCUGCCGCUGCCGCCGCCGCUUCCUUGGCUGAGUCCGCCCGCGGUCCGGCGGCUCCAGGUGUGUUCACCCCGCCCAGCUGCCAGAGCCCGCCGCCGCCGUAG